CGGGCAAAAUAAUACCUUUGAGCAAACCCUAAAACUGCAGAAACAGCGGGAGCAGAAAAACUCAUAACAAUGACGCAGAAAAGCAAUCUAUUCAAAGGACAGCAGAAGAAGAAAACAAUCCCUUCUAAUCGCCAUGGAAAAGUUCCUGUUAUGCGCAAAGGGAAGAGAUUUGUGAAGCCAUCUAAGGUGACAAAGGAGAUGGAUGCUGAUAGAGAGCUGAGCAAAUUCAUAAACCACUGCAAUGAGGUGAAAGCAGCCACCCUUGCUAACAAGGAAGGUGGUCAACUAAGUAUUGUCAAGGCACCACCCGAACCUGCUGGUGCUGCAAAGAAAUAAAUUUAGGUGAUACUGCAGAACAGAAGUUUUGAUAUAGAAAUUUACAUUAUCUUGAAACAUGUUGAGGACCUCGUCUUAUGGUGAGGUCUUGUUCUAAUUUGCGUUCACUCCUAGUCCAACCCAGUUAAUGUUUGUGUUUUAUGUUUUGAAAUUUUUGAAUGUAUAGUAGACUGAUUGCUUAAACGAGGUCUAAUUAUAUUUUUUGGUCGACUUGUAACAUUUUCUUUGGUAAACUGCUUUUGAUAUAUGACUGAAACAAGAAAUUUUGUUCUAA